CAGUCUCUAGUUAUCCCGGAGAAGUUUCAGCACAUUCUGCGUGUCUUGAACACGAACAUUGAUGGGCGCAGGAAGAUCGCCUUUGCCAUCACAGCCAUUAAGGGUGUUGGAAGGCGUUAUGCUCACGUAGUCCUGCGCAAGGCUGACAUUGACCUGACAAAGCGAGCAGGAGAGCUGACUGAGGAUGAGGUUGAGCGCGUAGUCACCAUUAUGCAGAAUCCUCGUCAGUACAAAAUCCCAGAUUGGUUCCUGAACAGACAGAAAGACAUCAAGGAUGGCAAAUACAGCCAGGUCCUGGCCAACGGUCUGGAUAACAAACUCCGUGAAGAUUUGGAGAGGCUGAAGAAAAUCAAGGCGCACAGAGGCCUGCGUCACUUCUGGGGGUGA